CACUUCCAUCACUAUCUUUUUCUUGCUGAAGUUUAGAAAAAAAAAAUGGCAUCUCCUGCCGUCCGUAGCACACAAAAACCACACGUAGUUUGCGUUCCUCACCCGGCUCAAGGCCACAUCAACCCGAUGCUAAAAGUGGCUAAACUCCUCCACGCUAGAGGCUUCCACGUCACCUUCGUCAACACCGUCUAUAACCACAACCGUCUCCUCCGGUCCCGUGGGCCCAACGCACUUGAUGGCCUUCCUUCGUUCCGAUUCGAGUCGAUCCCUGAUGGUCUACCGGAGACGGAUGGAGAUAAGACGCAAGAUAUCCCCGCCCUUUGUGUGUCCACGGAAAAGAACUGUCUCGCUCCGUUCAAUGAACUACUCCAGCGGAUCAACAAUAGAGAUGAUGUUCCUCCGGUGAGCUGUAUUGUAUCGGACGGUGUGAUGAGCUUUACUCUUGACGCAGCAGAGGAACUCGGUGUCCCAGAGGUUAUUUUCUGGACGAACAGUGCUUGUGGUUUCAUGACUUUCCUUCACUUUUAUCUCUUCAUCGAGAAAGGCUUAUCUCCGUUUAAAGAUGAAAGUUACAUGUCUAAGGAGCAUUUAGACACGGUUAUAGAUUGGAUACCAUCAAUGAAGAAUCUUAGGCUAAAGGACAUCCCAAGCUUCAUCCGUACCACUAAUCCUGACGACAUAAUGCUCAAUUUCGUCAUUCGAGAGGUGGAGCAAUCCAAACGCGCUAGUGCUAUCAUUCUCAAUACGUUCGAUGAUCUCGAUCAUGAUCUUAUACAAUCUAUGCAAUCUCUUCUUUUACCUCCGGUUUAUUCGAUAGGACCGCUUCAUCUCUUAGUGAACAAUGAAAUUGAUGAGGUUAGUGAAAUAGGACGGAUGGGAUUAAAUUUGUGGAAAGAAGAGACAGAAUGUUUGGAUUGGUUGGACAUUUGCGUCCCUUACCCGGCUCAAGGCCACAUCAAUCCGAUGCUGAAAGUGGCUAAACUUCUUUACGCUAAAGGCUUUCACGUCACCUUCGUCAACACCGUCUACAACCACAACCGUCUCCUCCGGUCCCGUGGCCCCAACGCACUCGACGGGCUUCCUUCAUUCCGGUUCGAGUCCAUCCCUGACGGUCUACCGGAGACUGAUGGCGAUAGGACGCAGCAUACUCCUACCGUUUGCAUGUCCAUUGAGAAAAACUGUCUCGCUCCAUUCAAGGAGCUUCUCCUACGGAUCAACGAUAGAGAUGAUGUUCCUCCGGUGAGCUGUAUUGUAUCGGACGGUGUGAUGAGUUUUACUCUUGACGCAGCGGAGGAACUUGGUGUCCCAGAGAUUAUUUUUUGGACCAAUAGUGCUUGUGGUUUCAUGACUUUUCUACACUUUUAUCUUUUCAUUGAGAAGGGUCUAUCUCCUUUUAAAGAUGAAAGUUACAUGUCUAAAGAGCAUCUAGACACAGUUAUAGAUUGGAUACCAUCGAUGAAGAAUCUUAGGUUAAAGGACAUCCCUAGCUACAUCCGUACCACAAAUCGUGACAACAUAAUGCUAAAUUUCCUCAUUCGAGAGGUCGAGCGAUCCAAACGGGCCAGUGCUAUCAUUCUCAACACGUUUGAUGAACUCGAGCAUGAUGUUAUACAGUCUAUGCAAUCUAUUGUACCUCCGGUUUAUUCGAUUGGACCGCUUCAUCUCCUAGUGAAGGAGGAAAUUGACGAAGCUAGUGAAAUAGGACGGAUGGGAUUAAAUUUGUGGAGAGAGGAGACAGAAUGCAGAAGAGUGGCGGCGAUUGGCCGAGGAAGCGACGAAGCAUAAACUUGGUUCGUCGGUCAUGAAUUUUGAGACGCUUAUAAAUAAAGUUUUCUUAGGAAA